AGGUUGUGGUCCUCUGUUACACACCCUGCUCACAUUCCCAUCUGCUACCACUGACCAGAGUGAGAAUGUCUCAGAGUCGGGAGAUUCCACAUUGCACGCAGGAACAACAUUGUGCCCAGGGCCUGGAGGCUGCACAGGCCUCCAAGGAUCUGGAGGAGGCCUCUCUCUCCUCCCAUUCUUUAAUGCCUGGCAACCAGGAGGGGGCUUUGGCUGCUGGGGCACCUAGUACUUCCCAGGGUCCUCAGAGUGCCUGUGUAGCUUAUGCUGUCACCACAGCCCUCUUGUCAGGCAAAUCAGGUGAGCAUUCCAGCAGCCAAGAAAAGGAGGGUGGUUCAGCUUCUUCAGAGUCCUCUUCAGAAGCAGAGAACUUGCCCAUAGACCCUCUAGAUGAGAAGGUGAAUUUGCUGGUGCAGUUCCUGCUGCAAAAGUAUCAAAAGAGAGAGCCGAUCACAAAGGCAGACAUGAUUAGUGAUGUUAUCAGAGAGCACAAGGAUGACUUCCUUGAGAUCCUCAGGAGAGUCUCUGAACGCAUAGAGCUGGUCUUUGGGGUAGAUCUGAAGGAAGUUGAUCCCACCAGCCAUACCUAUGCCCUUGUCAACAAAUUAGACCUCACCUAUGAUGCCAGGCUCAGUGACGAUGAGGGCAUGCCCAAGACUAGCCUCCUGAUAAUUAUCCUGGGGGUGAUUUUCAUGAAGGGCAAUCGUGCUACUGAGGAGGAGAUCUGGGAAGUCCUAAAUAUGAUGGACUUACAUUCUGGGAGGGACCAUUUCAUCUUUGGGGAACCCAGAAAGUUCAUUACUAAAGAUUUAGUGAGGGAGAAGUACCUGGAGUACCGCCAGGUGCCCAAUAGCGAUCCUCCACGCUAUGAGUUCCUGUGGGGCCCAAGAGCCCAUGCUGAAGCCAGCAAGAUGAAAUUGCUUGAGUUUUUGACCAAGAUCCAUGAGUCUGACCCCACUUGUUUCCCAUCCCAGUAUGAGGAGGCUUUGAGAGAUGAGGCAGAGAGAGCCCGAGCUAGAGUUGCCACUGAGGCUAGCACAAGUGCCAAGGCAAAGUCAUGUUCCAAUCCCAGACCCAGCAGCUCCUCCCAGCCAUAGUGAGGUCUGAGGCAGAUUCUUCACUUUGUCAUUAAAGAGAGCAGUCAAUUUUCUAAAUAAUGGAGGGCUGGAGUGUGGCUACAGGGAACACUGUAUACUGUUUUGUGUACCUCUUCUAUAUGUUAACACAGGUUUAUU